UGCGCUGUGGAUUGCCCUCGAGGGCGUGGCCCAGGGACCCCUGGCGCGAGCGGCAUCGAAGUCCGGAAUCCCCUUGCUCGUCGGCGCGCUCACAGCUCGGUGCCACGUCUGCAAGGCCAGUGCAGUGACUCUUCUCUUCUCGCUGCAAGACGUCUCUGGGCCGCCCCCUGGGUCGCGCACGCUCGCCUCGGGCCAUGGACCUGCGGACCCCCCGUGGGCGCCCCCGAGUCUGGGGAUCGACUCUGAGCCCAGAGGGGCUCCUGGGCGGCCACCGGGGGCCUGCGCCGCGCCGGCGGUCGCCGAAACGUUUCACCUCACGGGGGCUCCCGGCAGGAGAGAGAGAGGCGGUCGCAAAGGUAGCCGCUUGUCUAGCGUAGUUUCUCUUAAUGCUCGCCCCGCGCGCGAGUCAUUCGCUGGAGCGUCUGGCGUUGACGCAGGCAACGGCACAGACUUUAACUUCUUCAGUUUUGAUCUGUAUGUGAGUUCAGUGGGAGUUCCUAGAUUCUUCGGGCGGCCCGCUUCUGCCUGGCUUCGAAUUGACGUCGCCUGCUUGCAUGCUUUUCCAGCUGCAGCUUGUGCUUGCUAGAGGCACGGCCAAACGUGCGGUCUCCAGCAGCCCCGCUGAAUGCUGUCAACUAGCCUCUAGACUGUAGCCUGUGCUCGAAGCCUAGGCGCUAUGCCCUCCCGGUCCAGUCAGGGCGGCGAGGGAAGGGGAAGUGGAAGGGGUGGUUCUCUUGGGCGAGCCGAUCCGCGAAACCACCUGCGCCCAGAGGGCCGGUGGGAUCGGCCUGGCAGCUGGAGCGGGGGCGUGCUGCGUGGACUGACGCCGGGAUGCGGGGGCGCCCAG